AUGUCUGAAAACGUGAGCUUGCUCGACGGCUCUCCCCUCCCACCCCGCCUAUCGAAUACACUGAUUCCACGGCCGUCUCCGUCGAAAAAUGGGAAUUUAUUGGUGGAUUUCAGUGGAGGAUUCAAAGAGAAUAUGAAGGAGACAUGGUUGGAGAUUCGAGGAAUGACAUGUCACUCGUGUGUGAACAAUAUCCAGGAUGUGAUCGGUGCGAAGCCAGGAAUCUCGAAUAUUCAAGUGAAUUUGAAGGAGGAAAAUGGAAAAGUGACAUACGAUUCGAGUGUGUGGACUGAUGAACAGAUAGCAGAAGCUGUCGAUGAUAUGGGUUUCGAGUGUAGAGUUAUCAGAGCAGAUGUCAUUUCCCUAUGCAUCUCACAGCUUCCACACGAAAUCUACCAUUCGAAAUCGUUGAACACGAGUACCUCGAUCCAUCUUCACUCGGUGCUGCUGCUGGUUCUUCAACGGUGUCUUCCGUUCUUCAACGGUGUCUUCCUUCCGGGUGAUCCCAUGAUCUCGAGCUCGUCACUCUCCAACCCUUCUUACCGCUGGUUUGUUGUCGAUGUUCUCCACCGGGAUCUCUUUUCUUCGGCCUUCUCCGUGCGCACCAGUCAACGGUCCCGUCCGGCAUGCGCGUCCCCGGAUCGUCGGUUCGUUGAUCUCAUCCUGAUCGCCACUGUUAUGUCCUUUGGUGGAGGAGAAGGGAAUUAUAAAACCAUUUAUUUACAUGACCGCCCAUGCCCCAUCACCACCACUAACAUUCCCCCAAUCAUGACAAAUCCGAAAUCAAAAAUGCGUCGAGCCGUCGUCUCAAUUGAUGGGAUGACGUGUCACGCGUGUGUCAACAAUAUCCAGGAUACUGUAGGAUCGAAAGAGGGAAUUCAAAAGAUUGUUGUUAGUUUGGAACAGAAACAAGGUACCGUCGAUUAUAAUACAGAGAAAUGGACGGGUGAGACGGUCGCCGAGGCGAUUGAUGAUAUGGGAUUCGAGUGUAAAUUAAUCACGGAUCAAGAAUACUCCGAGCCGCCCACCAUAAUCGACGCCCUUCCGAAACCUCCAAGCCCUCAAAAAUCACAAAAAAGUCCAUCGAAACGUGACUUGGAUGGGACAGUGGAAUUACAGCUAAACGGUGUCAAAUAUUCAAAAGCUAGCUCCUCAGAACACCUCGAAAAGUGCACAUUCGCCGUCGAAGGCAUGACGUGUGCCUCAUGUGUACAGUAUAUCGAGAGGAAUGUGGCAAAAGUUGAUGCAUUUAUCAAGUAA